AUAACUCGAAAACGACAACAAACUACGAAAAACAAAAAACAAAAAACGAGUCAAGAGGUGUUUUGGGGAGCUAGCCAUUAGACUUGACAUAAGCCAAGGCAGGCAGCACGGCGAAACGAAGGGGAAGAAACUGGCACAACAACUUUAAAAGUACAAACGGCCGAGUGGAGGAAGAGUCUUUGGAGUGCAUAGACCAGGAACAAUGGUAAAUGCCACGUCAGCAACAUCAGCAACAUCAGCAACAGCAACAGCAGCAACAACAGCAACAGCAACAGCAGCAACAACAGCAGCAACAUCACCAGCAACAGCAGCAACAUCGUCAGCAAAAGCAGCAAAAACGAGUCAACGACAGCUUAAAACAUAAUACGCUUGCUGAAGGCAACAAGCGGAUAGGAAGACAGUCGACAGACAACCAGGGGACAAAGAUAUAGGGGGGAUAUAGGUUGGGAUAUAGGGAGAACAGAGCGACAUUGCGAAUGAUGAGAAAUCGCUGUUGCAAUUAGUGAGCCAAGGGGUUGGACGAGCCAUGAAUCACGGAAUCUGCUGCCAGCGGAAACGGAAAUGCUUGCUGGAAACGGAAACGAAAGCGGAAGCCGAGGAGGAGCAGGUGGCCACUAAAUGCCAUUGAACACUGAGCGAUCAUGUCCGACGUUGAGCAGGCGAUUAGGGCCAAGCAGCCGCCCCAGCUGGACUGUGGCAUCGACGAUGAGACGGAUCCCGGCGAGUCUGGAGCAGGAACAGGAGGCGGAGCAACUGGAUGCGGAUCGGAGGUGGGGGCCAGGACCACCGCCUCGCUGACAGCCAAGCCGGGCAGCGGCAUCCGGCGCUGCUGCGGCCACAUCCUCAAGCUGCUGCUCUCCACGCCGGGGCUGGUGCUCCUGGUCAUCGGCUACUCCGUGCUGGGCGCCCUCAUCUUCCCGCUGCUGGAGGCGCCCCAGGACCUCAGCAAAUCGGCGGCCAUUGUCAAGAGCCGAGAGGAUUGUCUGCGCGAACUCUGGAUCAUUACAGAGAAACUCAACGUUCUGUAUGAACGCAACUGGACGAUGUUGGUCCACGAGCAGCUGCGUCGCUUCGAGGGAUCCAUUGUGGCGGCCACGCGUCAAGGAUCCGGUGGUUCCUCCGGCGGAUUAGGAGGCGGUGGAGGAGGAGGACUCUUCCAGGGGGGAAGUGCCAGCGCCUUGGGCCACUUUGGCUACGAUGCCGGCGACUCGCAGAGCUGGACUUUCAGCGAGGCCCUGCUCUACUCGGUCACUGUGAUAACGACAAUUGGUCACGGCAGCCUGACGCCGCGCACCGCCGCCGGGAAACUGGCCACCAUUUUCUACGCCCUGGUGGGCGUGCCCCUGAUGCUGAUGUGCCUGUCCAGCCUGGGAGCCCUGCUCGCCGAUGGCCUCCAGUGCACCUACGUGCGGCUCUGCUGCCAGCUGCAGAGGCACCAGGAGCACCGGAGGAAGUCCACGCCCGGGACCUCAACGCCAACUGCCAGCACAGCGAUGACACCGAUGCCACUGGCCAAGUCGAGGAUGAAGGACAAGGGAAAGGGAUCCAAGCGACGAAUGGCUAAUUGCAAGGGCUGCAAGUACGAUGCGGCCAACAGUGAGACGAGCUUAAAUGACUGCUUGGAUUACGGCCAAAAGGGAAAACUGCCGCCGGACAAAAAGGAAGGAGAUGCCUGUCAAUUGUUGCGCAACUUGAAUCAGCAGCAGCAUUUUUACCAGCAGCAACAGCAACAACAGCAGCAGCAAUUGCAGUUGCAGCAACAGCAACAGCCGGAUGUCAUGCUAAUGACAACGACAUCGGGCAGCGCAUUGCUGAAAUACGCACCGCAGCAACAGCAACUGCAGCAGCAAUUAUCGACAGCAACUCUCCCGCGACAACAUCAUCAGCUGCAGCAGCAACAUCACCAGCUGCAACUGCAGCAACACCAGCCACACCAGCAACACCCGCAGCAACUGCAACAGAAUUUCGUGGCCGUGCCCAGCAGCAUGCUGCGAAUGCCGAUGACAGUGCCGCCCAAUUGUUAUGCGCCCGCGACUGCCACGAUAUACUUUCCGUUCGGCCCCGCCCCCUCCGCCCCCGGCAGCCCCGCCCACGUCCAAUCCCACCCGAAUUCGAAUGCGAAUGCGAAUGCGAAUCCCAUUGGGAAUCACAGCCUGAGUCAACAGCCGCUGGUCAAGUAUCACACGAUACACUUGCAACCCGCAUCCGGGAAGCAUCGAGUGUUGGCUUCUGGACUUCAGGAUGCAGCAGUCGGGAAUCUCGUCACAGGAUCCGAGGCAUCCACACUGGAGGCCAUCACGUUGCCACCGCCGCCAGCCUAUCAGACGGCCAACGUGCACGCUGUGCGACGGGCCAAGUUCGUGACGAAACCGUUGCCACACGAGAUCAACGCGCUGAUGGACUGCAGCACGGGAUCGCCAGACUUAUCCGGCAGGCAUGAUUUAUUGCCACCACCGCCGCAUUCGGGGGCAGUAGCAACAGGCAUGGCGGCAGCAGGUCCAUUGUUAACCUACACGGCCGCAGCAACAAGCCCACAACUGUCGUCGGGAAUUAAAGGAGCCGCAGGCACAGGAGCAACACCCACAGCAGCAGCAACACUGGUUGCUGCCAGGGGAGGGGCAGCAGCAACACUGCCCGAUAACAGUUUUAUGGCCGCAGGUUUUUGUGGCAUGGUCGGUGCAGCACCCCCUCCCCCUCCUCCGCCUACAACAUCUGCAGGAGCAGCCACUACAACUGCCUCCUCUGCAGCAGCAACAUUGUCGGCUCUGCUAAGCGCCAACUCCUCGGGCACCGUGGACAUCAUGGAGGACGAGGAUGAGCUGGAACGGGAGCGAUUGAGCAACUGCCCGCACGGAACGCCGUCGCGGGUGCCGUUGAUAGCGAGUCCUUUGAGCGUGCCGCAGGACUCGGCCGCAGGACAACCAGGCCGCAGCCACGCCCCCCUUCACCGCCACCCGCUGCAACCGCUGGGCCGCAAGACGCUGCUGCUGACGCGUCGAUGCCACAGACACGCCUCCGGAACUUUGUACGACAGCACGGCCAACAACACGGAGACCUCCGACGACGAGGAGUACAUGCAGCACGGUAGCGAGCAGUUCGUGCUGAAGAAGCUUCGCUACCACUGCGACGCACAGGACUGCCGCGAGGCGCAGGACUCGGAGGACUCCGAGGACGACGAGGAGGCGGAGGGGGGACGGCAGGUGCCCAUCAGCCUGGUGCUGCUCAUCCUGGCCUGCUACAUCUGCGUGGGCACCGUGAUCUUUGCCCUCUGGGAGAACUGGUCGCUGGUGGAUGGGGCCUACUUCUGCUUCGUGACCCUGUCGACCAUUGGCUAUGGCGAUUUCGUGCCCGCUAGGAGUUUCAAUGGACCGGAGCUGCAGCUGUACGCCUGCUGCGCCUACUUGCUGCUCGGCCUCGUCCUGGUGGCCAUGUCCUUCAGCAUCCUGGAGACGCAGCUCAUGUGGAAGUGCAAGCGCAUCGCCGUGCGACUGAAGUUGGCCCGCACGGAUGCAUAGUCCUCUAUCCAAAACAAUCGAAUCUGCAAUCCGAAUGCUUGAAUCUUAGGCUAAGUGUACUGUGUAAUUAACCCAAAACUAGCCCAUCUCAGUGUACAUUUGUCUGCCUAGCGAAAUAAUGAGAGCUCGUAUGUUGUCGGGAAUUCAAGUGAAUUUGUGUAAAUAAACGGAAUUUUUGGAAUUUUCAAAUU